UUCUCUCUCACUUGCUCUUGGUUCACUUCUUGGGAAGUCAUGUCUGGACGUGGUAAGGGCGGGAAGGGUUUGGGUAAGGGGGGUGCCAAGCGCCACCGCAAGGUGUUGCGUGACAACAUCCAGGGCAUCACCAAGCCGGCCAUCCGGCGUCUGGCCCGGCGUGGCGGUGUGAAGCGGAUCUCUGGUCUGAUCUACGAGGAGACUCGCGGGGUGCUCAAGGUGUUCUUGGAGAAUGUGAUCCGUGACGCUGUCACCUAUACGGAGCACGCCAAGCGCAAGACGGUCACUGCCAUGGACGUGGUCUACGCGCUCAAGCGCCAGGGACGUGAUGCACCCACCUCAAUACACCGGCGCGCCGGCCCCAACGCAAUGGCUCGUACGAAGCAAACAGCUCGCAAGUCCACCGGCGGUAAAGCGCCGCGCAAGCAGCUUGCUACUAAAGCGGCCCGUAAGAGUGCUCCGGCCACCGGUGGCGUGAAGAAACCUCACCGCUAUCGGCCUGGCACCGUGGCCUUGCGCGAAAUCCGCCGCUACCAGAAGUCCACCGAGCUGCUGAUCCGGAAGCUGCCGUUCCAGCGCCUGGUGCGAGAAAUCGCCCAGGACUUCAAAACCGACCUGCGCUUCCAGAGCUCAGCGGUGAUGGCGCUGCAGGAGGCUUGCGAGGCCUACCUGGUGGGGCUCUUCGAAGACACCAAUUUCUACAUCCUUAGAAUCAUGUCUGGUCGCGGCAAGGGCGGAAAAGGCUUGGGGAAAGGUGGUGCUAAGCGCCAUCGUAAGGUGCUCCGGGAUAACAUCCAGGGCAUUACAAAGCCGGCUAUUCGCCGUUUGGCUCGGCGCGGUGGCGUCAAGCGCAUUUCCGGUCUUAUCUAUGAGGAGACUCGAGGUGUGCUUAAGGUUUUCUUAGAGAACGUUAUUCGAGACGCCGUCACCUAUACGGAGCACGCCAAGCGCAAAACUGUCACAGCCAUGGAUGUAGUAUAUGCCCUGAAACGUCAGGGACGCACACUGUAUGGCUUCGGUGGCUAAUACGCGGUCUUCUGGGAACUUCAAAAAAAACAA